GCUCAGGUGCGGGCCGGUGCCGGCCGGUGCGCCGUCUGGAGACUGCGACGCCGACAGUGGUCGCUAGCCGGCUCCGUGGGGCAGCCGCGGUGCGGGCGAGGUGCAAAAAUGCGGCCCCGGUGGCUGUGGCUGCUGUGUGCGCUGUGGGGGGCGGUGUGCCCCGAACACUCGCCCAUCUACGUGGACAAUCACAAGGGUCAGACGGUGGCUGGAGAAGAGAUAUCCGAUGUGGACCGAGCGGAGAUCCAGGAGGACCUGCUGCUGCUGCUAGGGCUGCACCGGCGGCCGCGGCCCGCCUUCCAGGAGGUGCAGAGCUCGGCGCCCCAGUUCCUCAUGGACAUCUACAACAGCAUGGUCGACGACGAGGACACAGGUGACCUCAAGCUGGACCCAGAGGGCGUCGGCAGUGCCUGGAAGGACUUCAACAUCACCACUGUCGACAAACAGGUCAUCGACGAGAGCGACCUCAUCAUGAGCUUCAUCAACCACGGCAGCAAGCUGUUCAAGGAGCUGGAGCUGCCGCGGAGCCAGCUGCUCUGGUUCGACCUAACUGAGGUACCGAUGGACGAAAACCAGCUGGACACCAGUCUACGGGUGUACCAGGGGUACGCCGAGGACGCCCUGUUCGACUACCAAUCGGUGACGCUCAGGAUAUUCCAGCUGAUCGGAGGCGAGGGCGAGACGCGCCCGGACGACAUCCAGCUGAAGGAGGUGGGCGCCAGGGUGCUGGAGCCCGGCUACGUCGGCUGGCUGACGUUCAACGUGUCCAGCGCCGCAGACCUGUGGCGCAUGUUCCCCCACUCCAACCUCGGUCUCUUCAUGGAGGUGACCUCCGAGGGCGGAGAGCAGCUGGUACCGGGUCAGGUCGGACUGGUGGACGCCUACGGAGAGCAGGCGCGCCAGCCGUUCAUGACUGCGUUCUUCAAGCAGCAGCAGUUGAAGCGUCCGCUGCCGCGUCUCUCCCGCUUCAAACGGUCCCCGAACGGAAAACGGGGCAAGAAGAAGCGCAAUCGCAGCAACUCCCAGACGAGUUCGUCCAGUCUGAAGGACUACAUACAAAAACAGGAGUUCAGCGUCUGCCAGAAACGCAACCUGUACGUCAGCUUCCGGGACCUCGGCUGGCAGGACUGGAUCAUUGCACCCGACGGGUACGCCGCCUUCUUCUGCAUGGGCAUCUGCUCGUUCCCGAUCAACUCCCAGAUGAACGCCACAAACCACGCCAUCGUGCAGACGCUGACGCACCUGCUGGAGCCCUUCCUCUACCCCAAGCCGUCGUGCGCGCCCACCAAACUCAACAGCAUCAGCGUCCUCUACUUCGACGACAAGCAGAACGUCAACCUGCGCAAGUACAGCAAGAUGGUGGCCACCAGCUGCGGAUGCCACUGAGACUGAGACAGACGGAGAGCGUGUGGAAGAGUCUGUCGAAGUCGCAGCGACCACCGCGCUGGGGCCGACGCUGGUGCCGGGCUUGGGUAGCCCGCAAGGUGUCUUGGAGGUAUGUGGUGGGCUCGAGGGGUGUGGAUCGGAUUGAUCAAAAGGAUGGCCCGCUCGAUGGCCCGAUUCGACUCUGUCUGUGGCCAAAUAUGGCAGAAGGACGAGAAUGAAAGAAGCUGGUAGCGGAAGCGAUGGCCACUGGACUUCGGGGAAGUGGCUAGGUUGAGCCCAUUCAGUAGCGAUAGGAGAGAGAUAUUGGGCGAUUGAGAGCAUUGAGAUCAAAUGUGGCCAUUCUGUGUUACUCUGGCGUGCGUCGCCUUAUCGCUCUGCCGGCGAUUGGGCGCUAUGUUAGGUGUGCGCUGUCCGUUUGUAGUGCCACGUGCGUGAAAUGCACGAGACGGCAGUCUAUUCA